GCCCUCAUCCCCAAAUGCGAACUUGAUCAAUUAGGAGUUAGUCCUAAACGAGAUUAUCAAUCACGAAUGAUGACUCAAGCACUGCGGAAAAUUCACUAUUCAUUAUCUCACUCUCAAACUCUCAUUAUUUUCAUUAAUCAGAUUAGAUUGAGUUCAAAAUCCGUCAAGGAACAUGGAUCUGUGGAAGAAGUCACUUGUGGUGGAAAUGCUUUGAGAUUCUAUGCAGCCGUUCGUAUGAGACUUUCAAGAAUAAGAUUGAUCAAAAAUGAGGAUAAGGUAGAGGGUGUUCUGAUCUGUGCGCAAGUGGUGAAAAAUAAACUAGCACCAGCAGCAACUAAAAGGGCAGAACUGGGUAUCAAGUUUGGAAGAGGCUUUUGCCAUGAGUCAGAGGUCUUAGAUUUGGCCUGUGAACAUGGAAUCAUUGUGAAAGAUGAGGGAAGCUACAUUAUUGAGGGGGGGAUUUUUGAUAGUAGAGAAGCGGCUGAACUGUUUUUGGCUCAAAAUGAUGCCAUUUGUGACAAGUUGGUUAAGGAUAUGAGAAGACUUUAUUUUUAAAACCAUUUGAAUUUGCCCAGCAUGGAUUUCCUAGGGCAAAUCUCUUUCAUUGGCAUCAGGGCUAACUUUCUGUAGGCAAUUAACAUUGCCUUCUGUGUGAUUCCAGUAUCAACCAUUGUGUAGAUGAGCUGGGGGCAUUUGAAGUAACCUGAAUGCGACCCUCUCGGAUCUAGCACAUUGUAAAAUUACACUACCAAAUGAGAAAUUUGAUUGCUCUUUCAAACCAUUUGGCAACUUCCUUUGUGUAUUUAUAGGGAGAAUUGGUUAUAUUCAUUAGUCAAAGAAACAUGCAAACUAUGGAACUACAUUGUAAAUGAACUGUCUUCAUUUCUUGUUCAUCCUCUUAAAUUAUCUAUAGAUUACUCAAUAG